AUGUCUGAACACAAAAUCCAAAAAGGUCUCUUAUUUUUAAAAAAUCCUAAAGGUAAUUUCAAAUUAGUCGCGAAAAUGCCAUUAGACAAAAAAAUUGAAUUUUUAAAAACCAAGCUGACACCUGAAGAACUUGAUAAAGUUUUAAAAAAGUUUAAUGAAGGAGAAGAAUUCACCAAAUAUUUUGAGCCAACACAGGAUUUAGGCACUCCUUUAGAUCCACCUCAACAAAUUGCUACAAAAAGCAACUGGGGUUGGGUCAGAACCUUAGGAGCUGGAAUUAUUGGUGCAAUAGGAAGUGCGAUGAUACUUGUAAAGAUCAUUUAUAGUGAUUUAAUUUAAUAUAAAUUCUAGUAUUCUCCAAUUGAAAUAUAGAUUUUCUUUUAAAAUUAAAUAAAUAAUUUAAUAUAUUCCAGUAUAGAAUAAACGUGAAAACAAAAACAAAAAAAGUAAAGUUGGGCAGCUCGAACGAGUUAAUAGCUUUUCUACUUUUGAGCAGAGGAAAUAUGAGCUGGACAUGGCUUUAUUAGAAGGCCAAAGAAAUGAUAAUAAAAUAGAAAGGCUAAUUAACAAGCAUACAGAAGCAUUUGAAAAUUUAAGCAAGCAGAUUGCUUCCUUAAAGAAUUCUAUUGAGAAUCUUAAAGAUACACAGGAAAAGCUAUCACGAUUAUUUUUCUCAGAAAUAUUCGGCCAGUUAAUUUAUUACUAAUAAAUAAUUUACUAGCCUACUGACGUAAUAAUUUUAUUCAUAAACCUAUAUAAUAGCAAACUCAUUAAAUAAUUCAACCGAAAACUGCCAAGUUUUUAAUCAAUUUGUAUCACAAUUCAAUUCCCUUGACAAAACCUUAUCUGCGCUAAAUACAUUAAAAGUAAAAAAAAAUUAGUUUUAUUUCCAAAAUAUUUUAACAAGUCCAGCGAAUCCACAAAGAAAUAAGAUUAACAUGACAAAUGAAGACUAUAAGAAUAAUUUGUCCCCAAAUCGAAUGAUAAGACGACUUUUGGAAGUUUCUGGGUUUCAUCUGAAAGGGAUUUUUAUGGAAUUUGAUCCUACUCAGCUUAGUUCUUUGCAGUCAACUUUCACUUUAAUUCAAAAUGAAAUUGAUCAAUUAGAAAAAAAAUUAUUAUGAAAUAAUUAUUAAUAAAAUAUUUGCUAUAAAUUAUUUAUUAAUUUUUAAAGGGUUUUUGCUAUUAACAAUUAGAAAAUUCUGAAUUGACACCAGAAUCUUCAUCUGAUUUAAUUCAAGAAAAUAAUAAAUUUUAA